UGUUGUCCAAGGGAAGGGCACUAGGGACGAUACAGCUUGGCACUGGUGUCGACGCAGAGCGAUGUGUGGUUAAGUGCCUUGCUCAAGGACACAACACACUGCCUCAGCUGAGGCUUGAACUCGCCACCUUCAGAUCACUAGACCGACACCUUAACCACUUGGCCAUGUGCAAACACAAAUAAUAAUCAAUAAACAAUAUUGAUUACCAGGUGCCGAGUCCUUAAAAGUGAGUACGUAGGUUGGGGAUUUAGUUUAGGCCGAGUCCCUUCAUCAGGACAAACCAUUCCCGAAAAGUCUUGGCUUGAAAUGUCCACCAUUUGUUCCUCUCUACAGAAGCUGCCUGACCUGCAGACUUUCUCCAGCAUUAUUUGUGUGUGUUACUUCCCUGUAAUUCCAUGUUUUUGUGAUGUGGGCGAAAAUCAGGGGAAACCCACAGUAUCACGUGGAAGUUUUGCACAGAGGUCAACAGGGUCCUCGAGGCAGUAGCUGUACGCUCUUUCCCAAUGAUGCCCAGACUCGGUGCAAGGAAGUCUUCCAUCUAGACGGAAGAUUUUCCUGCUCAGUUUUACCGGUUCAGGUUACCACUCCUCUUAUUCCUCUCUCCGAAAGCGGCUGCUCCACGUUCACAGCCACAAAACGCCGAAUGAACGGAAUGGGCUCAGUACGUCAGGCGGAGAAUUGACAGUCGGCGUUUCGGGCCGAACCCCCUCAUCAGGACAGCUCCAGGAGAUGAACAGUCUUUAGUUGUGGAGUGCAAUCCCGCGGGCAUGUUGAGAUGAAAUUUUAUCAUGUACGUCCGAAGAGCUCACCAGGGGAACAGCCAGUGGCAGUGAAGAAGCUGUUUGCGACUUUCUUUCUAUUUGUAUUUUUAACGGGGAGAAACGACGCCUGUAACUUUGGAGGCUAUGAUCCGGUUUCCGAAUAUGCUGGCAGUAUUAAGAGUCUGAAAGACAACCUUCCCACUGACUACAAUCUCACAGUCCUCCUGCAAGACGUUAGAGGAAUGGACAGCUGCUGUUCAGACCUUCAGACCAUGCUAUCACUGAGCAGAUCCAUUUCUCACAUCCAUCAGCAUACCGUGAACCGACUCCAAGGACUAGCCCGGAAUGUCGUAAUACAACUAGAAUUCCUGAGUGAUUGCCCUGUGAAGGAAUCCUUCAACUGUGAAGUUAAGCGAUGGAACUCCACGCACCUCCUCGAGAAUUUGUUACAGAACCUGAAUUCUUUUAGUGGCCUUUUAAGCAGCAAGAAAUGCAAUUUCAGUAAAUGUGUUUUAUACACCUGUAGACCAGGGCACAUUACAACAACGUCCUCCACGCUGGCGUCAGAGGAACCACUGGGAAUAUCCUCUAGCGGAGUCACUCGCUCUCCAACAACUGUUGAUGUGCCAACAUCUCUGAGCAGUUCAACGAACCUGCAAUCACCAUUGGCCAGUACACCUCCGACCUUCCUAACCAAUGGAAGCGACAUAUUCCCAUUCUUAAAUGGUAACGUAACCAAUGGGAAUCAGAUGUAUCCAGCAACAGCCAAUGGCAGUGAGACCACCUUAACCAAUACAACCAAUGCACCUCUAUCCUUGACCAGCAAUAUGUUACACAAUAAAAGUUACCCGCUUUCACCGUCAGCCAAUACCAGUGUAAUCAAUGGAACCAAAACCACUCCAGUCAACGUUAGCCAAUCCGCCAUAGAUUACCAAGGCAACGUCAGCCCAACAUCUCUGACCAUUGGUAGUGGAGGCAUGGCGUUGGCCACGAAGGCCUGCCAAAGCAGUAUGAUCUCCCCACUGCUGUCACGGACAGCGACCGUCGUCCUCCUGUUCAGUGUGGUCGCCAACGUGAUUCUGCUCAGCUGUUUAGUGAGAAGGAAACGAAGACAGGCCCCAGGACAAAUAAUUGAGAUGGAGCCAUUGUCAUCGGUCAGCGUGGAGCAGCGGGAGAUGUGGGCACAGAGGCCAAGGAGGCGAUGACAUGAAAUACAGACAGCACAAGACAACUUGCCAAGGACUUUGAGCAAGUCCUGCUUCAUGCUGCAUCUGAUGCUCCCAGCGCGCACCACCCCAGGCUUUUUUCAACGUCACGUGCUGCUGCCAACUCUCCCUACCAUUGACCACCCUGUUGCCCCGGAACUGAGAAAUGGACUCGUUGCCCAUAGACUGAGGUGCCAGAAGCUGAGCGGUCUGUGCGUUGGAAGGAAUGUUAAUGGUUAUUUUUUCCCUUAUGGAACUUGCUAAGCCACAGAAGCCUCCUCCACAGGCCAUAGCUGGAUAACCUUUGCCACAAGAGCUGGCAAUCCUGACAUUGUGGUCAAUUGAAGGUUGCUUUAAUGUCCUCUUGAGGGGCAAUCCAGGUGUCUCACCAGGGUGAACGGCCAAUGACAGCCUGUUGGAGACUGGGAGGUGUCCAAGAACUCCUCCCCGCAUGCAGAUCAACUCUGACUGGGGGUGGGGGGUGGAAUGAGACCUCUCUGAGGGCCAGCAUGGAUAAGUUGGGCUGAAUGACAUUGCAGCUCACUCUGAAAGCAAAGUAUAAUUAAGGGAAGGAAUUCGUCUAUCUGUAUGGUGAGGUCCAGGGAAGUGAUCACUGCUCUGCAUAGAAUUUGGCGAAUGCUGAAACAUUCCAUUAAGUUGGGAAUGCAACACGGGCUGAAGUGACCUGUUGUUUGCGAUCUCAUUUAUGCUUUCGUGUUGACGAUCGACUGAUCCAAGCUAAAGAAUUGCACUGAAUAUAUUUUUACCACUGACUUUGGCUGAACUUUUCUGAUUGUAUUUUUUUUACCGUUCUUGUAUCUGCUGCUGUUUGCUUAGCCCUUCCUGCUGAGCAAGUUUUGUGAGGUGGGAGGGAGGAGCAGGGAGCCUGUUUUCUGAAGCUUUCCUUUCAGGUAUGAGAGAGCCGCUUGAAGGAAGGGUGGGGGGUGCUGGAUUGGAGGGGACCAGCUGGUUAAGUUUUGGGGAGGUCCAGAGGGUUGUGGAUGGAAUGUGGCUGGUGGGAGUCGUCUGAGUUAGGAUACAAAUACUCGGUUUGGAGGCAGAUGUGCAAGGAGGGUGGGCACCAGAGAUGGGGAGUAACAGGAGAGGGAAUGUUCACCAUUCCUCUCUCAGCAUGGGGACUCUUGAGGUUGGAAGGUUCCCACUUUAAAAAGUUGGGACACAUGCUGCACAAGAGAUUCUGCAGAUGCUGGAAAUGAUGAAGGGUCUCGUCCCGAAACAGCAGCUGUUUAUUCUCCUCCGUGGAUGCUGCCUGACCCUUCCGAGUUUCUCCAGCACGGUGGGUGUGUUGCCCGGGAUACAUAUUGCCCUUUCCCACAAGUGACAGAGGUGGGUUGGAAGUGAAGCAAAAUCUGGCACCCAUCACCGCUCUCCCACCAUCAAGAAUUUCCACAUGAAACCCUCAAAGUAUUGACCUUCACCCAUACCUAUCCACCACGUAGCUAGGGAGGGGGGUGGGAGGGGGUCAUUGCAGGGUUACUGCAGGUCACCUACAUUAAGUGGUCAGUGUGAAUGGCACUCCUGAUUAACCUGUGUCUCUGCCACACAUUGGAUUGUGAGCAAUGUGUUGCCGUGUGAUGAUAUGCAGUAGUUUGGGUACUAUGUACUUAUUGGGGCCAUACUUUGUUUUAUGGCUGCAUAGUUGCAUAUCCAAAUAAUGUGAGCUUGGAAAGCAUAUUUAUUGUUCUUUUAAAUAAAAGCAAAUGUUUAAUAGUGGUGGAUUUUUUUUUGGGUACUUGCUAAACGUGUAAGUAUUGGAAAAAGUGGGAAUUUACGCCACCGCCUUUUUUUUUUCAAAACUACAAAAGCUUAUCCACACACAAAAUACAAACAUUAGGG